GUGAGUUGGGGAGCGGGGUCUAUCGCUGUGGAAGCAAGGAACGUGCUGGUACCAUGAAGCCACCGUCGAGGCCACGUUCAGUUCCUGCUCGCUAUGCUCUGGGCCCCACAGCCCGAGUUUGGACAGAGCGAGAAAAGCGACGUCUUCUCCAGGCCUUGAGAGCUCAAGCUCACUCUCCGGGUCCCCUGCAGCCAGAACUGCUGAAGAAGUACUUGCCUUCCUUGGACGAAGCCGAGAUCAUGGAAUUUGUGGACCUACUGAAAGAACGUGUGGCAAAGGAAGCAGUCAAGGCACAAUAUCAAUAUCGUCAACGUAAACAGAAGGAUGCCCCUAUUCCAGCACCGAUUGAGGUAUGGAUCGAGUUAGCAGAGAAGUUGACAGGUUGCCUUAAGGAUGCUGUGACAGCUGCUUUUUCCCAGGUUUUGACAAUUGCAUCUGCUGAACCACUCUGCUUGCUUCAUUCGGUGCCCCCAAAGCCUAUAGAGGUAAAAAAUGCUCGAUGUUCAUCUCCAGCCCUUCAUCAUGAGAACAAGAAAUCCAAUGAACAAUCUCAGGAAGCAGCUGUAUCAUCAAAUGCAGAGGAACUAGCCCCUGCAGAAAAUGGUGGAUUCCAUGUGGAUUUUGAAAAGAUCUACAAGUACCUCUCGGUGAUCUCACGUGGAUCUAAAGCACCAGAACUCCCACCAGGUGAAUCAGCUGUGCUCCUAGAUUUACUACUGUCACUGCCAGAAGAACUGGGCUGCUUGGACUUUAAAAAGCUGAAGAGCCAUAUGCACAAAAGCUAUAUUGAGUUAGGUGCCCACUAUACAGGUGAGAAAAGCAGAAUGAAAACAGGGGCCAGCCAUUUUGCAAACAAUAGUGAAGAGCUAAAUGACUCAUUUCUCCAUGUACACCCAGCCACUACCAGCCUUCCACAACAGCAAGAGGGUACUAGUACUUCUGCCUCUUCCAAAGGUGAUACAGCAUCUGCUAUGGACUGGAAAACUCUGGGAAUCUGCCCUUUGAAUUCAUUCUUAUUUCCCUUGGAUAUUUUGGCACGAAAAGGAGAGAGUUUAGAUUAAGGAAACUGGAUUGUACAGUACCACAUACCUGCAAUGAACUUUUGUGUCUUGGAACACUUGAUGGAAGCAUUCCUAAGACUGGAAGAAACCUGAACAGCUCUACUAUGUUUACUCUAUGCAUGGUCUCCUCUUGUAGCAGCAUUGUGUUUAAGCAGCCUGGCCUGCUCUUUUCAUCUUGACUCAUGGACAUAACACUUUGCAUUUGUAAAUGAACCAUGUGUGUUGCUUUGUCUUGUCCUAAUGUUUCUUUUUUCUAGAAAUUGUCAGCUUAUUUCAUCGUUUGCUAUUAGAAAAUUGAUCUGAGCUUCAAAUGUUUUGUGCUUAUACCCUGAGUGUCAUAUCUCUGUUCUUGCACUAGAUUGUAUCAGUUGUUGUAGUUGGAACAAGCGGUCUUAAGUUAUUUUUGAGUUACAAUACAGUUGAAAUGCUUAUUCUAUACUACGGAACAUAUCAACUGAAAAAGUUUGUUAGAGACCAAGCAAUCUCAUGAAACAUGCCAAGUGCCUUUUUAGAUAAAGGUUACCUUAAGGGCUUUCCUAAGCCUUUUAUGAACUUUGUUGCCUGGCUAGGAAAUAGGUGCAGAACAUCUUCCUGUGUUAAUUUCUGCUGGAGCCCUAUUAUAUGGUUAGAGGUUUUACUUUUAAGCAUUUUCUUUUCUUCCAAGCUUGGGUUAGGGUUAGCGCUCUCCUUUUCUCUCUGAACAAUUUUGCAAGAAUAUGUAGAACUGCUAAUGAGUUCACAAACAGCUACAUGCAUAAAUGACUGUAUUGAUUUUGCCACUGUUAUGUAUUAGCUGAAGGAUGCAGUCACUUUCAAAAUACUUUGCAUGCUUCUACAAGGUAAGUCAGUAUAUAAUGGCACAGAAAUGUUAACCUUCCAGGACAUUACAUCAAAGUUUAAACGACGAUAUAGUUUUAAGAACAUAAUUUAUUAAGGAGCUGUACUCAUCUAGUUAGGCAGAAAUGGAUUUCAACUAUCUCACAGUGGUACUUGUUGGGGGAAGGAGAAUGCAUACUUACCAAGUUUGAUACAUUACAUAAUUAGCAGUUUAAGUUAAUGUUCAUUCAAAUGGAAAUUACUUGGUUUUGGAAAAGUACAUUGAAUUUGCUUCAGUCACAUGACUGUGCUGACUUGGGAAGCUGGUUCUAGGUCCUAAGAUUGCAACAUGUUGCAUAUAGAAGAUGGGGCAGAGACUAACUUGAUACUCAAGCUAGGUGUGUGUUACUUGUUUUUAAUUUGUCUUUCAAGAGGCUUCUGUUAUUGUGCUACCUGUUAGUGUUACCUAUUAGUCUUGAGAACCUAAGUGACAUACAAGUCAUAGAACAACUAGUGUGCCAUCUUUGUAAACUAAGAAGGUUGGAGACGUUGUUACAACCAUUGAGACUUAAGUCAGUUUUGCUGCUCUGAGAGGAGUAAGUGAUGCUGCUUGGUUGACCUUUCUCAGGCAUGUAUUUAUUAUUAGUCAUUAGGUAAAGUCCAGGGUGAUGCUUUAAGGAAGCAGACGAUUCCUUUAAGUUUGUCCUUUUUCCAUUAGUACCAGAUGUGGAUGUGCUGUUCAAAUCAAACAUGGUAUCAAAAAGAAUGAGGACAGCUUCAGGUGGUUGCAAGGUUCUCAAUUCCAAUGCAAUAAUAAAACGAUUUUGUUUCAAAA